GCCACCGGCAGGCAGGCGGGCAAGCGAGCGAGCGCAACAGAUGGCUGAGAGCUAGGAAGAACCAUUCCAGAACAGGAUGACUCACAUUCCCACAGCCAUGAAUGGAGGCUCAAACAUUUGGGCCAUCACCUCGGAAGAGAGAGUGAAGUAUGACAAGCAGUUUGACGGCCUUAAACCAGUUGGGGGAUAUGUCACAGGUGAUCAAGCACGUACCUUUUUUUUACAGUCGGGUCUGCCGUCUCCAGUCUUGGCUGAAAUAUGGGCACUUUCAGACCUGAACAAGGAUGGGAAAAUGGAUCAGCAAGAGUUUUCUAUAGCUAUGAAACUCAUCAAACUAAAGUUACAAGGCCAGCCUUUGCCUGUGGUUCUCCCUCCAUUGAUGAAGCAGCCUCCAGCAUUCUCUCCCUUGAUUUCUGCACGUUUUGGCAUGGGCAGUAUGCCAAACCUGUCUAUCCCAGCACCUGUUCCUACAAUGGCACCUUUAGCUCCAAUGUCCUCUUUUGCUUCUGUAACAUCCAUCCCCCCCUUGAUUAUUUCUGCUCCCCUGCUGCCUUCCACCAGCACACCUGCAUUGCCAAAUGGAACAACCAGCCUCCUCCAGCCACUACCAUACUCUUCAACUUUGCCUCACUUUAGUUCAUACAGUCCCAUGAUGGGCGGAUUUGGUGGUGCCAACAUCCAGAAGACACAGUCCCUGAUAGAUCUUGGCUCUAGUAGUUCAAAUUCUUCUUCUACUACCUCACUAACUGGGAAUUCACCAAAGAUUGGAUUUUCAGACUGGGCAGUUCCUCAGGCUUCCAGAUUAAAAUACAGGCAGAAGUUUAAUAGCCUUGAUAAAGGGAUGAGUGGAUACCUGUCAGGGUUUCAGGCAAAAAAUAUUCUUCUGCAAUCAAACCUUUCCCAGACGCAGUUAGCUACUAUUUGGUCACUUGCUGACGUUGAUGGCAACGGACAGCUGAAAGCAGAGGAAUUCAUCCUAGCCAUGCAUCUGACUGAUAUGGCCAAAGCUGGGCAGCCUCUCCCACUAACUCUGCCUCCGGAAUUAGUGCCACCUUCUAUGAGAACUGGAAAAUGUUCUGAAAAUACUGAUUGUGUUCUGCCAACAUACCAGAGAAUAAUGCAGGAAGAGGAACCCCCCCAAAAACUUCCAGUUACAUUUGAGGACAAGAGGAAAGCAAACUAUGAGAGAGGCAACAUGGAGCUGGAGAAACGUCGCCAGGUGUUGUUGGAGCAGCAGCAGAGAGAGGCAGAGCGUAAGGCUCAGAGGGAAAGAGAAGAAAAGGAGCGAAGAGAGAGGGAACGGCAGGAGCAGGAGCGAAAGAAACAACUUGAACUGGAAAGGCACUUUGAAAAACAGCGGGAGAUGGAGAAACGGAAGGAGGAAGAAAGAAAGAAAGAAAUUGAAAGGCGGGAGGCAGCAAAGCAGGAGCUUGAGCGCCAACGGCGUCUGGAGUGGGAGAGGAUUCGGCGUCAGGAUCUUCUUAAUCAGCGUAAUCGAGAACAAGAAGAAAUUGUCAAACUGGCCUCUAAGAAGAAGAGCCUCAGUCUUGAGCUGGAUGCUUUGGAUGGCAAACACCAGCAGAUCUCUGGGAGAUUGCAAGAUGUUAUAAAAAGAAAACAAUUUCAAAAAAAUGAGCUGGAUGUUCUGGAAAAGAAAUGUGAUUUGGAAAUUAUUGAAGUCAAGCAGCUACAACAACAGCUUCAAGAAUAUCAGAAUAAGCUGAUCCUCCUCAUUCCUGAAAAACAACAGUUAAGUGAGAGAAUGAAUCAUAUGCAGAUGGGCAAUUCUCCUAAAACAGACCUUAAUUCACUACAGAAGAAGUCCUCGGAAAAGGAAAAAUUAUGCCAAAGACUUAGAGAACAACUAGAUGCACUAGAAAAAGAAACGGCUACCAAGCUUUCUGAAAUGGAUGCUUUUGAUGACCAACUUAAGUAUGAGACUAUGGAUGCUUCUGUUCUUCAGUGCCUUUUGUGUCUGCUAAGCUGUCUCAACAACCUCUUCCUCUUACUUAAGGAGCUAAGAGAAACCUACUCUACACAGCAGUUAGCUCUUGAGCAGCUGCACAGGAUCAAACAAGAUAAAAUCCAAGAACUAGAAAGAAGAAGAGCUGAGCUGGCGCAGAAAAAGAAAGUGGAAGAUGAGGCUGCACGAAAAGCAAAGCGGGAAAAAGAGAACUUGUGGCAGCAGAAUAUCCGGAGGGAAGAAGAGGAGAGGAGAAAGCGACUACAGGAAGAGCGAAUGCAGGAAAAAAUCCAAGAGCAAAGACAAAAAACGGAGGAGGCAGUUGUGCAAGAAAGGGAAGCCCAGUUGCAAAGAUUGGCAGAGGAGAAACUUGAAGAGGAAAAACGGAACCAACAGGCCGAGAUGCUGAGAGAUACUGAGCAGCAAAGGCAGAAGCAAAAAGAAGGCAAAAGGAGGCAGGAGCAGCUGGCAAAAGAAGCCGAGGAGAAGCAUAAGCAGAGAAGAGAAGACCCGGCCAGUCUGCAGGAGUCGGAGAAACCCAUUUCUCAGCUCAGUGAAAAAAAUGUAGACAUUCUUAAGCAGACAAAGGGACAAAGUCUUAAGUCAACAUUGAAAAAUGAAGGCCAUGCUGUGGGUUCCUCUGAGUCUAGGAAAUCUGUUGCCUUUGUGAAUUAUAGAGCUUUAUAUCCAUUUGAAGCGAGGAAUAAUGAUGAGAUGAGUUUCAGUUCUGGAGACAUAAUUCAGGUUGCUGAGAAAACUGAGGGAGAGCCUGGUUGGUUAUAUGGGAGCUUCCAAGGCCAUCAGGGCUGGUUUCCAGGCAAUUAUGUAGAAAAAAUUCCUGAAAAUGAAAACACCCUUUCACCUCCCAAGAGAGCCUUACUUCCUCCUAUGGUAUCCUUACCAACUGCAUCAGUUCCUGUAGAGUCGCUUUCACCAAGUAAGCCAGCCGACGAAUCCGAUUACCAAAAUAUAGCUUUCUCAAGUUUAAAUGUCAACACAUGUCAGAAAAAAUCUGCUUUUACUCGUACAGUCUCCCCAGGAUCUGUUUCUCCCAUCCAUGGCCAGGGGCAAGUUGUAGAAAACCUAAAAGCACAAGCACUGUGUUCCUGGACUGCAAAAAAAGAUAACCACUUGAACUUUUCAAAAAAUGACAUUAUUACUGUCUUGGAGCAGCAGGAAAAUUGGUGGUUCGGAGAAGUAGGUCGAGGAAGAGGGUGGUUUCCCAAAUCCUACGUGAAGAUCUUAUCUGAACAUGAAAGCCAGAAAGAGGAGCCAGAAGCUGUUUAUGCAGCUGUAAAUAGGAAACUCCCAGCAUCGUCUUACACAUUGGACGAGGAAUAUAUAGCGCUAUAUUCUUACACAAGUUCUGAACCUGGUGAUUUAACUUUCACUGAAGGUGAAGAAAUAUUGGUUACUCAGAAAGAUGGGGAAUGGUGGACUGGAAGCAUCGGUGAUAAAACUGGAAUAUUUCCUUCAAACUAUGUCAGACCAAAAGAUCAUGAGAAUUCUGCUACUGCUAGCAAAACAGGGACAUUAAAUAAAAAACCUGAAAUUGCUCAGGUUACGACAGCCUAUACGGCGUCCGGAACAGAACAGCUGAGUCUUGCCCCAGGGCAGCUGAUCCUUAUUUUGAAGAAGAAUUCUAGCGGAUGGUGGCAGGGAGAAUUGCAGGCAAGAGGGAAAAAAAGGCAGAAAGGAUGGUUUCCUGCUACCCAUGUGAAGUUGUUGGGUCCAAGCAAUGAAAGGAAUACACCGGCUACUUACCCAGUGUGUCAAGUGAUAGCAAUGUAUGACUACAGGGCAAACAACGAAGAUGAGCUCAGUUUCUCCAAGGGGCAGCUUAUCAAUGUACUGAAUAAAGAAGAUGCAGAUUGGUGGCAAGGAGAGAUCAACGGCUCUUCAGGCCUCUUUCCUUCAAACUAUGUUAAAAUGACCACAGACUGUGACCCAAGUCAGCAAUGGUGUGCUGAUCUCCAAAGUCUGGACACAAUGCAGCCCAUGGAAAGGAAGAGACAGGGCUACAUACAUGAGCUGAUUCAGACCGAGGAAAAAUACAUGGAAGACCUUCAGCUUGUCUUAGAGGUUUUCCAGAAACAAAUGACUGAAGCAGGCUGUCUCUCAGAAGCAGAAAUGGGAUUAAUUUUUGUUAACUGGCAUGAGCUCAUCAUGUCUAAUACAAAGUUACUGAAAGCCCUGCGUGUGCGUAAGAAGAUGGGGGGUGAAAAAAUGCCUGUGCAGAUGAUUGGUGACAUUCUGGCUGCUGAACUAUCUCAAAUGCAAGCCUAUAUCCGCUUUUGCAGCUGCCAGCUUAAUGGGGCUGCCCUGCUGCAGCAGAAAACGGAUGAAGAACCAGAGUUCAAAGAAUUUAUGAAAAAAUUGGCUUCGGAUCCUCGCUGUAAAGGAAUGCCACUCUCCAGCUUCCUGUUGAAACCUAUGCAAAGAAUCACUCGCUACCCUCUUCUCAUAAAGAGUAUUCUGGAAAAUUCCCCUGAAACUCACCCAGAUCACAGUAAUCUGAAGCUGGCUCUUGAGCGGGCUGAGGAGCUGUGCUCCCAGGUGAAUGAGGGAGUGCGAGAAAAGGAGAAUUCAGACAGGCUUGAAUGGAUCCAGUCCCACGUUCAGUGUGAGGGCCUUGCUGAGCAACUGAUUUUUAACUCUCUGACCAAUUGCUUGGGACCAAGGAAGCUUUUGCACAGUGGCAAACUCUAUAAGACAAAAAGCAACAAAGAACUAUAUGGAUUCCUCUUCAGUGACUUCCUACUUCUCACCUACAUGGUCAAGCAGUUUGUAUCUACAGGGUCAGAUAAAUUGUUCAACACAAAAUCAAAUACUCAGUUCAAAAUGUACAAAACGCCUGUUUUUCUUAAUGAAGUCCUAGUGAAACUGCCGACUGACCCUUCCAGUGAAGAGCCAGUUUUCCACAUCUCCCACAUUGAUAGAGUAUACACACUAAAAACAGACAACAUCAAUGAAAGAACUGCCUGGGUCCAGAAAAUUAAAGGAGCAUCAGAACAUUAUAUUGAAACGGAAAAGAAGAAACAUGAAAAGGCUUACCAAGCUCGGUCACAGAAGAGUUCAGGAAUAGGACGUUUGAUGGUGCAUGUGAUUGAAGCAACUGAAUUAAAAGCAUGCAAACCUAACGGGAAGAGCAACCCCUACUGUGAAAUCAGCCUGGGGUCCCAAAGCUACACAACAAGAGCACUGCCAGACACUUUGAACCCAAAAUGGAACUUCAACUGCCAAUUCUUCAUCAAGGAUCUAUAUCAAGAUGUUCUGUGUCUCACCAUGUUUGACAGGGAUCAGUUCUCACCCGAUGAUUUUUUGGGUCGCACUGAAGUUCCAGUAGCCAAAAUCAGAACGGAGCAAGAAAACAAGGGACCUACAACUAAACAUUUACUGCUGCAUGAGGUACCAACGGGGGAAGUUUGGGUACGCUUUGAUUUGCAGUUAUUUGACCAGAAAACACUCCUCUGAAAAGAAGUGUUUUUUGUAAUAUUAGGAACUACAAACUGCUGAACUGCUGCCAUUUGAAUGGAGUGUUUUGCAAAUAAUCCUUCCUUCCAGGCAGGUACCUGAGAGCAAUGCUUGCUGCAAAAUCACUUCACCUGGUCACUUGUACAUUAUUUAUCUGUGGGGGGUGCUUAUGUUUGUGACAAUCUAUGCAAUGUAAAAUGUACUGUAUAUAGAGAUCCUGUAGCAGUGCCUUUCUUUAGAAUACGGAAAUUUUUGAAUGCUGAUGCCAAUGUAUCUUUUCAGUGUAAUUUUCAGAUCUCUUUAAAGUAUUAAUUAGGAAUGUGGCAUUAAAAUGUUUAAAGUGU